GCGCUGCCACCAGCAACCUGCUCUGGUGCUGGGGAGUUCAAUGAUCUGGACUUAGCUCUCCUACUCUAGCUGUAAGAUAACACAUAGAAAUGAUAGGAAACGUUAGUCUGUUUUUUCAGCACUGGUUAUAGUUUGCUCUGGAUCAAUAAACAAUCUAACUUUUAAGAAGAAUAACGAGAAACUAAGAUUAACGAACGUGGAACGCAAGUGCGAAUAUAUAUAUAUUUUUUAUAUAUUAUGAAUAUACCUUUAUUUAUUGUUCAUUGUAAGCAAUUUUACUAUUAAAAUAUAUAUCUAUCUAUAUAUCGAUAUUGCAGAAACAAAUUGCACAGAAAACAAACCGCUUUUCACAUCCUAAAUUGCUCGUAUAAGUUACUGAGCAAAAUGUUUGCUUUGUUUUUCCUUUUUCCUGUCACCUUGACACUUUCUGCACAACUGUACGAACUGGAAGAGGUAAAACCUGUCCGAAUGAGCACCAGAAACAGCGGGCGCUUUUGGAAAAGGAGUGAAGACCUCCCUACAUUUAGGCUUUCAGCGUUUGGCAGAGACUUUGUCCUACACCUGGUACCCGAUGACAGUUUUUUAGCUCCAGAAUUUAAGAUCCAGCGAAUCACAGCGAAAUAUCCCCAUCCUAGAGACAUCCCGACCAGUGUAAACGAAACGGAAGGAGCCGAAGCUAAUCUCAGACGCUGCUUCUACUCGGGUACCGUGGACUCCAACCAAGACUCGGUGGUGGCUGUCAGCCUGUGCCAGGGAAUCCAAGGUUCGUUUUUAAGCGACGGAGAUGAGUAUUUGAUUGAGCCCAAAGCCACUGGCCACGGAAAGAAGUCGGCCACCCAGCUCCAUCUAAUCAAAAGAAGGGCAUUCACCAACCCGCCGACUGGAUCCAAGAUCACCUUCGAUGAAAUGGGAGAAGGGAGUUCCGAGACAGACUCUUCGGAAAGUGGGCUGUCUCCGGAGAUGCUGGAUGCGCAUUCGCACUCCAGGCACAAGCGCUUUGUAUCGGAGGCUCGAUUUGUCGAGACCUUGUUGGUGGCUGACUCUUCAAUGGUUCGUUUUUAUGGCGAGGAUAUUAAGCACUAUAUUCUGACGCUGAUCUCAGUGGCAGCUCGGAUAUACAAACACCCCAGCAUCAAGAACUCGGUGAAUUUGGUGGUGGUGAAGGUGCUGAUCGUGGAAGAUGAGGAGGUGGGACCAGCCGUCUCCAGCAACGGUGGUCUGACGCUGCGCAACUUCUGUGCCUGGCAGCGGCAUUUCAAUCCGCCGAGCGACCGGCACCCAGAGCAUUACGAUACUGCCCUUCUCUUCACCAGGCAGGAUAUUUGCGGACACCAGAACUGUGAUACGUUGGGGGUCGCAGACGUGGGGACCAUGUGUGACCCAAACAGGAGCUGCUCAGUGAUUGAAGACGAUGGACUCCAGGCUUCCUUCACGACAGCCCAUGAACUAGGUCACGUGUUCAGCAUGCCGCACGACGAUUCCAAGACUUGCGAGAGGCUCUUUGGUGACCUAGGGAAGCAUCACAUGAUGGCGCCUCUGUUUAUCCACCUCAACAAGACCCUGCCCUGGUCCCCGUGCAGCGCCAUGUACAUCACAGAGUUCUUCGACAAUGGACACGGAGACUGCCUGCUUGAUGCCCCAGCUAAAACGAUGCCCUUGCCAACUGGCUUGCCAGGGCUGUCGUACGAUUUGGACCGGCAGUGCCAGCAGGUGUUUGGGGAGGAGUUCCUGCAUUGUCCCAACACCGCAGACUCUGAUGUCUGCACCCAGCUUUGGUGCAGAGUUGAGGGUCAGCCACUCUGUACCACAAAGAACGGCAGCUUACCCUGGGCUGACGGGACCGUGUGUGGAAAGGACAGGCUCUGCUUUAACAAUGAGUGCGUGGAGAAAGAACAGCUCAUGAAACCAAAGACUGAAAUCGAUGGAAACUGGGGGGCCUGGGGAGAGUGGGGAGAUUGUUCCAGAACAUGCGGUGGAGGAGUUCAGUUCUCCUACAGGGAGUGCAAUGAUCCUGCUCCCCAAAACGGUGGGAAAUACUGCGAGGGGCAAAGAGUCACGUACCAGUCCUGCAACAUCCAAGAAUGCCCCAAUGAUAAUGGGAAGAGUUUCCGGGAAGAGCAGUGUGAGAAAUACAACAGCGUUAAUUACCUCGACAUGGACGGGAACGUCAAGCAGUGGAUACCGAAGUAUGCCGGAGUGUCGCCGAGAGACAGGUGCAAGCUGUUCUGCAGGGCGAGAGGCAGCAGUGAAUUCAAAGUGUUUGAAGCAAAGGUUAUUGACGGCACGCCAUGUGGCCCAGACACCACUUCCAUCUGUGUUCAAGGCCAGUGCAUCAAAGCAGGCUGCGAUCUCAUCAUAGGGUCAAACAAGAAACUGGACAAAUGUGGGGUGUGUGGAGAGAAUGGGUCCACAUGCAGAAAAAUAACAGGCUCCUUGAAUAAGGCCAGGUAUGGCUACAAUGACAUUGUAACAAUCCCUGCUGGUGCCACCAACAUUGACGUCAAACAGAGAAGUCACCGUGGGAUCAAACAUGACGGCAACUACCUGGCGGUGAAGUCAGAGGACGGGCGCUACAUCCUGAACGGAAACUUCUCCGUGUCAACGGUGGAGCAGGACAUCCCGGUGAACGGGGCCGUGCUCAAGUACAGCGGGUCCUCCACCACCCUGGAACGCGUCCAGAGCUUCCACACGCUCCGCCAGCCUCUCACAGUGCAGCUGCUGGCCAUGGCGGGGGAGAUGGGCCCUCCCAAAGUCAAGUACACCUUCUUCAUCCCAAAGGACGUCUCCUUCAGCAAGCCCAAAGGAAAGAAGCCUUCCUUGCACGUCGUCCAGCCAAUCGGAUUAUCCGACUGGAUCCUGGGGGAGUGGUCAGAAUGUUCCAAAAGUUGCGGUUCUGGUUGGCUGAGGAGGAACGUGGAAUGCAGGGAUGCCAGUGGGCAGCUCUCCCAUGAAUGUGACAGUGCCCUGAAGCCAGAGGACAUCAGACCUUGCGCCGAUCUCCCGUGUCCCAUCUGGCAAAUGGGCCCGUGGUCUUCCUGCUCGCGAACUUGUGGCCAGGGAGAGCGCAGGCGGAGCGUCUUCUGUAUUGACUACACUGGGAAAACAGUGGAGCCAGUAAAGUGUGAUCCUUCAAAGCAGCCCCAGCCAGUCACAGGGGACUGUGUUUACGAAGAGUGCUGAGCAAAUUCAGAAAGCAAGGCAUUAGAAUAAAAUAGAACUACUAACUAGCCCUGACCGAGCUUGCGAAACAAGCAGGGACACGAUAGGUGAGUUGAAAGUGCACUAACUGACCUAAACGGGCCACAUCCUGGACCUGUUCGAAAGACUAACUAAACUUUUUUCAUAACCACUAUUGAUUCUUUUUUUUGUUUUUUACCCAAUAGAGAUCUACCUCUGACAAUAACUUAAUUUACUGCCUUAAAUAUGAGGUGAAUAUACUGUAGAGUAUAUUGCUGUUUCAGCUGAGGGAAGCAACCUUUUUUUGCAUCAAACCUGCUGCUGACAACAUCGCUGGACUGCUCUGAUGAAUUCUUUAGUGCUUUGCUGUUGAGGUCAAGGACUGCGAGGCAGCUGUCUAUGUCUGUUAAGGGCUGUACCAUUCUGACAUUGCUGUUACUGGAACGUAUCUUUUCAUUCAGCUCCACAGGAUAAUCUGAUAAUCCCAUUGGGUGCUACAGUCUGGAUGAACUGGUUACUUUUUUUAUGUUUAGCAUGUGGGGAUCUGAUUUUUGUUGGCGAAAAGCUUGCUAUAGCCUAUCAUUUAAAAAAGAGAAACCACGCUCCUUCCAAGUGUAUUGGUACUCAUAGAAUUACCUUUUACUUUGGUUCUAAUUGUUUGUUUUUUUUCAAUAUCAAGACAUUUUUCUGCAGUAGAUUUUCACUUUAAGGAUUCUGUUUUACAAUUUUGUUUGCGGUUUAUUAUUUUGUUAUUUUGGUUGUAAAACAACAGUGACUAAACCCCUUAGGUAAUGUUACCUUUCUAAAAUCCCAAAUCCAGGAAUAUCACAUUUUCAUCUGCACCGUGAAAUCAGUUUAAAACAUCUAGAUGUGAUUCUAUAUGCAGAGUACAACCUGCGAUCCAAUCUGCAACCAGACACAUUGCGUUUACCAUGCCUUCCACAUCAGACGCGAUGAGGCGACUGCUUACACCAGUGUGGAUGCUGCCAGCCCACGGUCCUAACUGGGGCCGACAGACUCCCAAUUGAGCUUGGUCUCUGAUAGAAAUGGAUGAGUCUCAUUUCAAAUCAUUUUUUAAAGUCAAUUACAGUGGCAGAUGGCAAUGUGGCUUCUAUCUUUUGUAACAUUAUGCAAAAGAACGACAUUAAGUUUCUAUGCACACCCUGCGCAACAAUGUAAAUUAUGCAUAGUAAGUGCCUAUUGAUAGUAGGGUUAGGGUUCAGGUGUGAAAUGUAUUGUGAAUUGACAUUGAUUCUUAUGAAUAGGAAUAUGAUAGUUUGUAUUAACAUUCAAAUUACUGACACUUAUUAUCAAGUGUUACCAAAACAUAAUUUAGACAAUGACAGUCUCCUUUCUUUAACUGACAGGAGCUAUUGAUUAAUCUGAUCAGCAGAGCGGUGGAGGUAUUCACCUAUUUCUGUGCUUUGUAGAAUUGAUAACACUUGUCCAUGUGUAAAUUAGGAUUUAAGUUCUAGCAUUGUUUCCCUACGAUUAGGCCCCCAUGUUUCAGAUACUGCACACUAGGCUGUGGUGGUGGUGGCACAUGCUGUCUCUGCACUGUACGCAUUCCUGGCAUACCUUGUCAAAAUAAUCACAAUUGCUUUGAUAUUGUUCUGGCUUCAUAAUUGUCCAAAAAAACACAUUUGAAGUUUUCACAGGAAAAAACAACCAGGGAGAGGAAUCCUGAGCUGUUGUCACUUGUAAUGGUUUAGGCAUUCGUUUGGAUAAUACUAGGGAAGCUGAUCGUUUCAUUUAGGAAAUGCUCAUUUAAAAGAAUUUUAAAAUGAGUAGCAGUCCUAAAUUUAACAGAGAGCAUUCUAAACAUUGCCUGUGCAUAACUUUAAAGAACACACGUCUGUCAGGUGAAUAUGAUUUAAGCACAUAUUGAGGGUCAUUCAAGCUGUGGGUUUUAAACCCACAAAACAAUGAGGAAAUGCAUAUAACAUUUGAGGAGAGCAAUGAUGCCAAAUCAGUUACGAUUGUGAUGAACAAGAUGUUGCAGGACUAUGUCAGCUUUUAAAAUCAGGGGUUCAGUGUCACUUUAAAGUGCUGCCAAAGAAGUGAAUACAAUAAAAGGCCAAGCUCUUUACUAUCUAUACAUUAUAUUUGCAUCACAGACCAUGCUACAGAAAUGCACCAUGAGCUAGUGGUUACACAGCAACGUUGUGUUGUUGCUGCUGUGUCAGUUUUAACUUUAGACAUGUCCAGCAUACAGAGAAGCUAGUACAGCAAUCCAAACUAAUGCACAAUACUACAAUUGAUAUAGUAUUUUAAUAAUCUGUUCUGUAUUUAAGAGGAACGCUAAAAAGAACUGUGUAAUGCAGCAUUCCAGAGCUGUACAAAGACUAAGGCAUUAUUUCCCUUCAGUGAAGGACUGAGUGUUGUAUUUUUAAGCUUCCAUUUAAAGCUAUUUAUUUUUGUACAGUUUCUACCUUUUUGACGUCAGUAUACAACAAUUUCAGUUUUUAGAUGCUGCUGUCUUCCAGUAUGGUCAAAGAAAAAGAAGAAACGCCGUCUCCAUGAUCUGAACCUUGUUUUGUUGUCAUUAUUUUAACUGAAUUGUAACAGGUGACGAGAUCUCCAGUCGAUCUUUAAAAAAAAAAAAAAAAAAAAAAAAAUUAAAAAUUAAAUAAACUUUCUAAUUUUUAUACAA